AUGGGUUUCCCACGACCGGCCAAAAGAAGGGCGCGCAUCCAGACCGCAUGCGAAAGAUGCAAGACACGCAAGAUCAAGGCACGUAUUCGUAUCCCAGCAUGCUCAAACUGCAGAAAAGCUGGCUCUGCAUGUGUGACGGAACCUACCCGGGAGAAGCAGCAUGAGGCCUCUAGGGCACUUCAAGAUCGUGUUCGGUGGCUCGAGGAAAUUGUCAAGACACGUUGCUCAGACGUCGACUUGAUGCAAGGACCGAGGAACUUGAUCAACCCGCAAACCAACGCUCACGACGGGAUCUCGAUGAGCGGAGGCUCCGCAACACCGCAACUACAGCAAGCACCGGCUGUUGAUGAGCCUCAGCGUGAGAGCCUCGCACACGAGAUUGGUUUAGUGUCUGUAACAGCAGGUCAAGAUCCUCGUUAUGUUGGACCUUCAAGCGGUUACUCCUUUGCCAAGCUUGUCCUUGCAAGUGCUGGUCAACGGCGUCGGCAGGACGAACAUCCUCGUACUCAGAGCUUUCAAGCCACCUCAAUAUUGGAUAGGGAAACUUUCCGGGUCCCACCAGCGAAGAUGCCGCUGACUAUGGAGCAUUCCAUUCAACUUUCAGCAGCGUAUUGGGAGAACGUACAAUUUCAGUAUCCAUUUCUACAUUCGCCCACGCAUAGGAAGCUUGUAGAACAUAUGCACAGCUCAACGGCUCCUAGUCCGGUGGCUGCAUUUCAAGUAUAUAUGGUGCUCGCCAUUUCAACGACCAUCCUGUCCCGGCGUUUGAAAACUCCCCUCUCUGCAGAAGGUUAUUGUGCUGCAGCGAUGACCUACUUCGACCAGAUCCAGAUUGAGGGUUCCCUGGAAGGCCUGCAGUGUCUCUUGUUACUCCAGAUAUAUGCGUUGAACAAUUCUUCUUUGGGCCUAAAUUUGUGGUACCUCAAUUACCAGUGCAUUGCCUCAGUGCUCGAUCUUGGGCUGCAAAGAGAUGUGAGGGCCGGGAAGAGUUUGUCCAUGUUGACCCAAGAGAUGCGAACGCGAAUAUUCUGGGUCGUCUACUCCUUAGACAGGACAUUGGCAACGAUCAUGGGACGACCAAUAGGGUUAAGAGAUGAAGCUUGCGAGCUACGACUUCCUCAGGAUAUCGAUGACGACGCACUGUCUGCUUUGGAACCAAGACAACGCCUUGAAAACCACACUCCAUCAGAUAUCACACUAUCAAUCCAUCUGAUCGAGCUUGCGCAACUUAACUCGGAGAUCAAGUAUAUUGGCAACUGCAUCUCACGCAACGCACCACCACACAGUUAUCCUCAAGUUCCAGAUGUGCUGGCCUGGAAAGACGAUGUCCUUCGCAGACUUCGACACUGGGAAUCAAUGACUCCGUCGUGUCAUGGUACUCAAACCUACGUUGCAAAAUUGGUCGAGAUUAAGUAUCAUGAGGUUAUGAUGCUUCUCUUGCGACCCAGCCCUGCGAUACCUCAACCUUCUCAUGAGUCAUUAAAACUCUGUCAACAGAGCGCCCUGGCUGUCAUCCGUACCUUUGAUGGGCUGUAUCGUGAAAAUACCCUUCCAUAUACUUGGCCAACCAUUCAUUCAGUAUUCUUGGCAACUAUAUCCAUGCUGUACUGUAUCUGGAAAGUCCCAAGUGUGACGAGAACAACGAAGCUCGAAACCCUGAACGCAGAUCUAAAAUCGGCAUCAAGCAUCCUAAGUGCGCUUGGAGAGCACUGGUUUAGUGCAAAGCGAAGCCGGGACUUUUUGGAUGAGCUUUCAACAACAACAAUUCGAUGGCUGACCGAAUUCGAACUCAGGCAGCCGGCACCUUCAGUUCGCGCGGCCUUGGGAGCCCAGGAUACUCUUGGUGCAGGAAAUCAACAUAUUCCAUCGGAAACAAACAAUGGCAGCAAUGGAGGUCAGGCGCAGCUUAUUGAGGAGCGAGCAAGUCUUAUUAGCCCAUCCCCCUUCUUGGAUGUUAUGUUGAGCUCCGAGCCCUCGGCGUCCAUGCUAGGUUUCUUUGAUGAAACCAAUCAGGAGUUCGAUAUCGAUUCAAUCAUGCAAGAGGUCUUCAAUGACUACCAACUGGAUGUCGAAUUCCGGCAAAGUUUCCAGCUCGAAAAUGGGCAUUUUGUCAUGUAA